AUGUUAAAGCUCCACCCCUUAAUUUUGUUAUGUAUUUUAGCCACGUAUGCUCCAUUCAUUUUAAAAGAAGAAAACUUUGACCAUACCUAUUACAACAAAAAUGAAAGUGUAAAGCAAAGGGAUACGCAGGAUCGCGAAUCUAGGGGGCGAUUACUGGGGGAAGACAACAAUGAAUUUUUUGAUAUAGGGAAGCUGAAAAAGUUACUAUAUUUUCAGUCGAAUUUGGACCAAACGAUAAAGCAAAAACGGAGAGAAGAAAAGAAGUUGAGAAAAUUAUACAAGGCUGCAAAAUCGGGUAAUUUUGCUGCAGCUAUUAGGAAUUCCCAAAAAGACACUCAACAGAAUGGAGCACCUCCUGUGGAAAAUGAACAUAAUACGAAGGGUAAAAGUGACAUGAACGAUGGAGGUGAAAUGAAUCAGCAUGAGGUUCUCCAAAGAAAAGAAGACAACCCUGUAGAUAUGAAUCAACAAACGUAUGGUGAGGAACAAAUGAAGAAUGAAACGGGAAGAAGAACCGGAGAAAUGCAAGAAGAAAUUCACCCCCUUGAUACGAAAGUAAACGGUCCAACAGAAAAGUUCAUAAAUAAACACGAUCAUGUAGAUAACACGAGAAAUGUUGAAAAGGAAAAGAAGGAGGAAAACGUUAAACAUUCUGAUAAUGCGCAACUGAGGAACAUCCUACAAAGUGUGGAAUUUUUAAAAAAGACGCAAUCGUUGAAGAAUUACUUCGGCUCAAGUGAAUCGCAAAGCAGGUCUUCGGAUGUACCUCCUGGCGACCAAAACAAGUAUGCAGAUGAGCUUAAGAUACAGAAUGAAAACGAACAAGUUACACAGCUCAGUGGAGAAACAAACUACGGAACGAACAACGUGGAAGGAAAUUUCCAACAGGAAUAUCCAAUGUCUAAAAAUAAUGAAGAAAAAAAAAAUAAUUAUACAGAGGAACCUUUUUAUAUGUUCCCUAAAAAUGAUGAAGCAGAAAAAUUCAACACACAUUUGAGAAGAAGCAAAAUUAAAGAAUUUUUUGAAGUAAACGACUUGGUAAAAUAUAUGAAAAAUUUACUAGGCAUCAAAUCAAACAUCCAUGAAAAAUUCGAACAUGAAAAAUUGAUUGUAAAAAAUUGUAACUAUGAAUCCUUUGGUCCAGAAUUCUGCAGUGUUGAUGAAGAAGCCAAGAAGAUGUUAUGGAAUUAUGAGAAUAAAAAAAAUUGUGCCUUUCUCUUUAUCAUAUUGUUUACUUUAUUUUUUAGCCUACUCAUACAGAAUAUAGUGUAUUACAUAGAAAAGAGGGUGCGAAAUUCUAAGGACCAAUUUAGGAAGGAUCUACUAAAUACCGCUUUUAGACAAAUUUCUCUAAUUACCAUAAUUAACCUUACCAUAUGGGGGAUUCUGCAAUCGAACGUGGCGGAGGCCCUCGACGAAAUAAUUUUCAACGAUAUUCUACCCCAACAAAGAAAUGUUGACGAAGUUUUGCACAAUGUGGAACCACUCCUGGAGACCAUAUUUGAGAAGAUACUUUUCAUCUCGAUGAAUUUUCUCAUAUGCUAUUCCCUAUUUAUAAUUAACAUACAUUUUGUGACGAGGAGAAUAUUAAAAUGGUUUUCCGAAGCGGACAACUGCGACAUUUCAAACAUAGCCAAGGAAUUGAAAGAAGCCCGGAAGGGGUGCUUCAGGAAUUUAUUCUUUUUUUUAAGAUAUUCAAGAAACUCCAAGUAUUUAGCGCAUCGAUACGAUUUCUCCGAAAAUGUCGACGCGAUAAGCAUUCCAGGAUUGGACCCGAACGGAUAUUACUACUAUGAAUACAUGAGAGCUUGCCUAUUGAAGUACAAUGUCAAAUUAAUAAAAAUACCUAACGCCGUCAUCCUAUUUCUGGUGUUCGCGUGCAUUUCUCUAAGGCCCUUUUUUAACAUACGACUGAAGGCGGAGGUUAUUUUUCUGAAUUUCCUCUCCCUCAUUUGCAUCAUGGGUUUGCUCCUGAUGUUAUUCUACUUGUACAAAAUAGACAGAAAGUUACUGCCGAGGGAUAUUGGGAAAUACCUACUAAACAGAUACCACAUCGAAACAUGUGAGCAGAGCAAAAAGGAUAUUACGCCAUACUACAAACUGUUGAAGCAACAGUCUGUAUACCCCUCAGCUAUAAACUACUUUCUGUACAAAACUACAUUCCCCAACAAGCAUGAGCAGCUAUUUUAUUUUUGGGGAAACGGACCUCGCCUAAUUAACUUUAUCUUUCAAACCCUAUGUUUCUGCUUUCUAAUUAUCCUCUCUUGUUGGAUAUUUCUGUUACGAGUUGAUAACAUAACGUGGUUCCAACUAUACAGUUAUGGAAGCUUGGCCAUAUGCGUGUGCAUCUUCCUCUUCUUGAUUAUUCUCAAGUAUAUCAUUUAUUAUAAUAUUAUGAUUAGCAAAACGGGGUAUUUAAUUGAUACGAAGCUGUUGGAGAAGGUAUGGGAAUUCGAAAGAUCAGACAACAUAAAGAGAAUAUCGGAAUUCAUUGACGCCAUAAAAAUAAAGUCCACCUUACAUGCCCUGAAAGAGGGCGGCGAAGUUUUCUGGAGGCAGCUCCUCAUUAAAUCAAACACAGUUCCGUCAAAUAUACAAGAGAAAAUGUUUAGCAUAUGGGUCGGCUUGGAUGAAGAAAACAGGGGAGUUAUAGACUCGGCGAAAAUUCUUAAAUUUUUAAAAUCGCAAGGAAUUAACCUGACUUCCGAGAGCGACAUCAAGGAAUUCCUGGAAGUGUUCGACAGGAACAAGAAAAAUGGCCUAAACCAGGAAGAGUUUUUUGUCCUCAUUAUUAUAGUCAAGCAAAUUUUGGUUGAACUGUUGGAUAUUAACGCUGUUCAGUCCCUGUUCGAGGAAGUGUAUGGAAUUCCAUGGAAUUCUCUAUCGUCCAUUGAUGCGAACAGCUUAAAAAGAAUCUUAACAGAGCUGAAUUUGCAAUGGCCACAUGGAAAAAUCCGCAAUUUGAUUGAUUUUGUGUGCGAAAAUAAGAAGACGAAAUAUGUCAGUGCAGAAUAUUUCAUAAAGCAGCUGAUCAACAUCGAAGAAGUGACUUUGCAACCCUUCCACUCCUCCUCGGAUACAAAGUAA